GUGCGCGCCCCCGCGCUGCGCUGUGCUCGCUCGCGCGCUGCUCGGCUCUGAGAGAAGCGGAGAUGAACGGAACGGGCUCGUACGGCGCGGGCCGAGCCGGAGCCGGCCUCGACCCCCUCAGCUUCGCCAAGAGACCGCAGACCGUGCUCAGACUGCUGGCCUGGAUAUUCUCCAUGGUGGUGUUUGGCUCUAUAAUAAAUGAGGGCUACGUGAACAUGGGCAGCGAGCGGCUGCACUGCGUGUAUAAUAAAAACGCAGACGCCUGCAACUACGCCAUCACUAUAGGACUGGUGGCCUUCCUGGCCUGCCUCUUCUUCUUGGGUCUGGACAUCUACUUCCCUCAGAUCAGCAGCGUCAAGGACCGAAAGAGAGUCGUGCUGUUUGAGAUGGGCUUCUCAGGCUUCUGGACCUUCCUCUGGUUUGUGGGUUUCUGCUUCCUGGCCAAUCAGUGGAGCCGCACCUCCCCUGAAGAGCUGCCACUGGAGCAGGCCACAGAUGCAGCACGAGCGGCCAUCGCAUUCUCAUUCUUCUCCAUUCUGACCUGGGCGGCUCUGACGGCGUGCGCUGUGCAGAAGUUCCUGAUGGGAACGGACAUGACGCUCUUCACCACAGUGCCGACACCGGGCCAGCCGGAGCCCAAACAGCCGUACCCACCCAACGACGUGACCGGCCAGACCACCAUCCCCGUCAACAACGCGUACCAGAGCCCACCACUCAUCGAAACAAUGGAGACCACCACACCCGGCUACACGAUCACGCCAGCUUCUUUUUAAUUAAACCAGUGAGAGGAGGGAUAAUGCAGGAAACGAGGGGUGGGGGGGGGCGACUUCUUUAGUUAAAUGUAUUGUAAUUAGGGGUGUAAAUCUGUAAUGACAUCAUCAUCAAGAAACGAUUCAGUGGUGUAUGAAAUCAGAAAAUAAUCAAUUUGAUCACAGUUGGAUUGUUUUUGUUUGAUUUAUAUACAUUAAAAACAUAUAAAUACACUAAAUACACAAAUUUGAUCAAAAUAAUUAUCUGCUUUAUUUUUUGGUUAAAAUAGUCCAAAUUCCAAUAUAUAAAUGCAUUUUUAUACCCCUAAUUGUAAUAUUUAGCUUUUUAGUAGGGGUGGGUAGGGGGGCUACUACGCAUUCCUCAUGUAUGCACUGUAAAUGUAAAAUUAAAUCAAAUAUUAAUAAUAAUAUUAAUAAAGGAAAAAUGUAGCCUGGCUGUACAGCAAAUGCUGCCUUAAUGGGGCGUUUGUUUAGUUGCUUUUCCAAAUGUUUUAAGAGUUUAUGAAUCACAAAGGAAUGAGGAACAGGUACUGCUGAUCAGUGCUGAGCUAUUCUCAGGUUUUGGUGCCCUUUAAAGUAAGACGUUUGGUUGAUAUUAUGAAUUAGGCAUCAGGAAAGUUUUGGCAUGCUCUAACUGAGAUUAAAAAUACUUAGCCUGUUCCAUAAAAUAUGUUUUAAAUUCGCUACAGCAUUUUCAGAUUAGACAGAAAGCUGUAAGAAGUGCAGCGUUACAUUAAAUGGUUGAGUUUACUUUUAAACAGAUUUUUAAAAUCAAAUCUAAUCUAAUCUUCACUGUUAUUGUACAAAUAUCACAGAUCACAAUGUCUACAGGGGUUGUUGUGGUAACAGUGUAGGUGUCGGUAGGACCCUAUACUCCCAUCAUGCUGGAUUUGACAUCAUCAUUGUAUUUUGUAACAUGUUUUAAGUGACCAGAAAGUUGGGACUGAGACACAUCUAUACAAAUCUGAUUGUAUUUACAUUUAAAACCACUUUCGAAUGUGGUUUAAAUCUGAUUUGCUCAAUUUUAAAAGACUAUCAAAAAUCAAUCUGUAAGCUUAGAUUUCCAGUACUUUGUCUAAGGGUGAGUUUUCAGUGAAGUUUUUCCAGCACUAAGGCUGGGUGCAGCAGCAUUAGCAUUAGCUAGCAUUAGCCUCUAACUGCAGCGCUGGUGGGAUGUAAAUGCCACCUGAUAGUGCUAGACUGAGGAAUCCUGAGUGUUUCAGUAACCCAGGGGUGAUAUUAGCUUGUGGUUUUUUCCCAUGUUGCUUGUUUUAACAUGGUAAACACGCAGACUACAGUCUGAUAUACUCGCCUCUGAAUGACGAAAGUAAGCGGCUAAUGCUAAUGCUUAUAAUGCUGUAUUUAGCGGAGUGACUUUACUGCUCAUUAUAACCCGAUAAUAAGGCGCAUUGACAAUUUUGCCUUAUAAUGCAAAAAAUACGGUAUAUAAAAUUGGAUUUUAAUAAUCUUUUCCGUCUUCACAGAGGGCACCUAUUCCUGAGAAUGCUGUUUAUUUAUUCAUGUUUCUUUAUGUAUGUUGUUAUUUAUUCAGAAAUGCUCUUAACUUACAGAAUUAUACAUAAUGCCAACAUUUUAUUUGCAAAAAAUUAUUUAUUUAGUUUUAAAUUUUAAAGAGUGUCAGAUUAUAUAUUCAAUAAAAUGUAACAUAAACAGUGACUUAUGGACUUGCAGCCUGUUUUAAUUAAGAUUUUUUUAUAUUGUUUUUUGUUAAAUUGAAUUUAUUAAUUAGUGCUUAAAGUUUAAGUUCUUUAAACGAGAGAAGUGAAGUGAAGGAGAGCAUAUUAGCCAAUGAAAGGAAAGGGGAGUAAGCUGGAGGGGCAAGACUGGGUGGGAAUCUCUUUUUGUAUGAACAGAGUGUAAACAUCAGCCGCUGGUCAGAAACCAUACAUUCCUACUGAGAGUCCUGGUGAAAGCAUCUCAACAAUCUGUUUACUGUACAAUGCUGUAUUUGUGCAUCUGUAUGAAUGCGUGUGCGUGUGUGAGAGAGAGAGAGAGAGAGAGAGAGAGAGAAAGAGAGACAGAGAGAGUGUGUAUGUAAAUAAGCACCGUGUCCUUAGUCUUACUGCAUGAUAAGACGAGUCUGCAGGGUUGUAGAAACUUUAAAAUAAGGGUAUUAGAAUUAGCAGUGCUGAGACUCGGGGGGUGUUCAUUAUGAUCUCAGUGAAAUAAAGAUUCUUUCAGAAA